AUGAUUACUUCACGAAUUUCGCGGGUUCUGACCAUUUUGGCCCUUCUUGGUACAGUACCCGCGGAGCUCUGCCUCGCCGUCCUUCGAAUCGGCUUCAAGGGGAGAGCCCACCCAAAAUGGACCAUCGGUCAGAAUGCGACCAUUGAGUCUAUAAAAGCCAUUCUUCACGUGGUCUCGACUUUGCGCAUUGUGCCAAAGCUUACCCUUUCCGCUGGAUUUGAGAAGGAACGAUUUGUGUCGGUUUUGCCCGCGCCCGCUAGCACCUACAAGGGGCCCACCGACGAUAAAGAGAUUCGCCCGGUCGCGAUUGGUGGGACAUGGACGCCGAGGGUGCCGGACACGCGACGGUCGGCCGAAGGCACGUCUUCCUUACUUGUGCUUCUUCAUUUCCACGGUGGCGCCUACGUUGUAGGAGACGGCAGGGAUGGGGAUACGGGAUUCCUCAUCAAUACGCUUUUGGAACACGGGGGUUACACCCACGUCUUCACCCCCAGUACAGACUUGCUAGCCACUCUGGCGGUAGAUUUCCUGCGGCUCUUCAGGAUGCUAUAUCGUCGUAUAUAUAUCUGCUUCACGACCUGA